CUGGUUUUAUAUUCGUUUAAGAUAAUAUUAAGAACGAGACAUAAUGCUAUUUUAUAGGGAGAAAAAAUAAUUUCAUCGAUCCUAUCAAUUUUCGUAUUAUUAUGUUUGGCAUUUUGAAUGUAGCAUAAUGAAAAAACUUUACCAUCAACUUCGAUAUCAUUUUAAUGACUCAUGGUUGAAUUUAUAUCUUAUAUUAACAUGUUUGCAUAUCUAUUUAGCAAGAGCGUAUGAUGGAGGCCUGGUACAUAAAGAGAACAACACUACACCUACUGGGAGACCCAUGCAUAGGAAUUGGUUAUUCUGUCUACAACUCUUCAUGCUAGAUCUAUAUGCGGUAUAAUUAUAGGAGAGGAUUACCAACUCGUAAAGAUUUUCAAGGUCGGUAUAGCAGGUGAAAUCAAUAAAAGAAUUGAGAUGUUGUGAGACUGUGAGUUUUGCACGAUCUCGAAGUGGUAGGGUGUUGAGGUUCAAAGCAAUAGCUCUAUAGAUAGACUUUGGUGACUCUCUCCUUGAUCAACAUUCUGAUUAGUCAAAUCUAAAUUACAUUACAUUGCUUUGUAAUUUGCUAUGUUAUAAUUAAAAUGUUUGUCUUGUUCAUAUAAUUUCAGAGAUAUGUUUGAGAAUUUUUACCCAUCAAAUUACAAGACUUUUUUAGGCACAUAUUAUUCAUUUUAUAAACUCCAGCUUAGCUUUAACUCAUUGAAUUAUGUAUUUCAGUAUUACAUUAUUUCCACUCCAAAUCUGGAUUGAUUUAUAAUACAUAUUUAGAGCGCUAUUUUACAACCUAUUUCUACCAAAAAACCAAACCUUCUCCCCUUCCCUCUCUUCCUCACAUCUCCUUCCCCUCUUCUCUCUCUCUCUCUCUCUCUCUCUCUCUGUCUGGUAAAUACCAAAUCGCAAUUCCAUUUUAGCUCAUAUAAAUACAAAUCCCAAUUGAAAUCCAGAACACUGUCAGUAAAUUUAUAACAAAGAAGAGAGAAAGGGAAGAAGGAAGGGAAAAAAGGGGAAGAAAGAAAAGAGAAAGAGAACCAAAAAGGGGAGAGAGCCUUAGCUGCUCACACCCUCUUCUUAUUCUGUUGUUGUUGUUGUUGUGAGGCCUUCAGAUCUUGAGAUUCUCUCUCAACUCUCCCCCUCAUCUGGGUUCUCUUUCUCUUUGAUCAAUCAAUCAGUUCUUUUCUUUGUUCUUCUGGGUUCUUCUUCCCCACACAGGAAGAAAGGGGAAACAUUAAGGAAAAGAGGAGAGAAAAAACUGAAAAGCCUGCUCCUUUUUGGGUAAUUGCUAUCUGCGUUUUUGGAUCUUAUUAGUUAUUACACAUUUCUUCGUCGAAGCUUUUGUCUUCCCUUCAUUUGGAUUACUGGGUGGCGAUCGGUUUCCUUUUGGCCUCAUCAUACUUUUCGAUCAAUCAGUUAAGAGUUCGUAAAGCCUUUCUGGAUUGAAUCCAAGAGUACCCACUUGAGAUAGAGAGACAUCCCUGUAUAUAAACAUCUGAGUGAGCUUUUUUUUCUGCUUGACAUCUGCGGCAAGGUAUUAUUCAUUUCUAGCAGCAUUUUGAUGUUUCUUCGUAGGUGGAUUGCUGGGGAUUUUUGGAUUGUUCAUGGUUAUAUGGAAUUGUGUGUUUUGGUUAACAGAUCCCGCUGUUUGAUUAUCAUCAGAAUUGCUGAAUUGAGAAACGAUUGGUUUUUGCAGGAUUUGGAAAUGGAUCUCGGAAAGCUGUUCAUUGGUGGGAUUUCAUGGGACACCAAUGAAGACCGUCUGAGAGAGUAUUUCCAGGUAUUUGGGGACGUUUUGGAAGCUGUGAUUAUGAAGGAUCGGUCCACCGGUAGAGCCCGUGGCUUCGGCUUUGUUGUCUUUGCCGACCCUGCUGUUGCUGAACGAGUUGUGAUGCAGAAGCACCUCAUAGAUGGUCGAAAUGUUGAGGCGAAGAAAGCUGUGCCUAGGGAUGAUCAGAACAUUCUGAACCGAACCAGCAACAACAGCAGCCUUCAUGGAUCGCCUGGUCCAGCUCGGACCAAGAAAAUAUUCGUAGGAGGUUUAGCAUCGACAGUGACAGAGACUGACUUCAAGAAUUACUUUGAUCAGUUUGGAACAAUCACUGAUGUUGUUGUCAUGUACGACCACAACACUCAAAGGCCAAGAGGUUUUGGGUUCAUCACCUUCGACUCAGAAGAAGCUGUGGAUAAAGUGCUGUACAAGACAUUCCAUGAACUCAAUGGCAAAAUGGUUGAGGUGAAACGGGCAGUUCCAAAGGAACUAUCCACAUCUGGUCCGACCAGGUCAAACCAGUUUGCUGGAUAUAACUACGGAAUUACCAGAGUCAAUAGCUUCCUCAAUAGCUACUCUCCUCAGGCACACAAUCCAACUUCUCUUAGAAUGGAUGGUAGGUUCAUGCCGGUCACUGCAAGUCGAAGCAGCUUUUCUCCAUUCAAUAGCGGGUAUGGAUCAGGUCUAAAUUUCGAGCAAGGUCUGAGUCCAAGUUACGGUGGCAACUCAAACCUUGGGUCAAACAUUGGGUUCGGCCGGUUGAGUCCUUCAUACAGUGGCAAUUCGAACAGGUACUGGAGCCCCAUUGGCUAUGGAGGUGGAAAUAAUUCGGGCUUGAAUCCUGUUUCUCGUACUUUGUGGAGCAAUGAUAGCAUUUCUCAAAAUGCAAACUCAAACGGUAGUGGCUGGAACUCGGGACUCAGUUCCUUUUCUGGAGCUCUUUGGGAUUCCUCAGUGAAUGCAGGGCCCGGUGGCGGUUUGGGCCCCGCGUAUAACAAUGUUGGUGGAGGAGAGUUUAGUAUUGGACCAGGAGGAGGAUAUGGGAGAAACAGUGGGGCCGGUUUUGCACCUGUGGCAUCGCGUGCUGCUGCUGCAAAUGGAGGUUAUGAUAGGACGGCUUAUGCUGACAUUUAUGAUAAUAGUUCGCUCUAUGGAGAUUCUUCCUGGAGAUCCUCAACUUCCGAGUUGUUUGAUUCCGGAAUUGGAAAUGCAGCUUCGGAUGUUAUUACCAAGAAUACUGCAGCUUAUGCUGGUGGUUAUGGCAUUGCUGAUAGACAGUCAGAUAGAGGAAUUGCUGCUUAGGAUGAAAACAAAGAUUGCUACUGUUGGUGAAAGAGUACAUCAUCAACAUUUGAAGUAAAUGUGGUACAUUACAUGUUUCUUGGACCUGAAGUUUACUUUCUUACCUUUUUUCCCUUACCCCCCUUUGAUGUUUAUGUGAGGAGGAACUUGAGAUUAGUGCUAAUCAAUUUAUCGACGAUAUGGUUAGAGAGCAGAGCAGGAGAGAACAAUUCAGUCAGGAGGAAUUUCUUGUGUAAGGUUUGAGCUUUGAGGAGGAGUUUUUUUUCUUUCUUCUUUUCUUGUUUUGUUAUCGUCUUCUUUUACUAUAUAUAGUGGUUUUAAUUUCCUUUUCUCCUUCCCAACUUGGGAAUAUCUGGAACUUUUAAGAUGUAAAAUCAGGAGUUUGUGGUUAUACAUCAGAGAUACUGUAUCAGUGUUGACAGAGAUACAGAAGGCCACCCAAAAAAAAAAAAAAAAAAAAAGAUAUGAACAUGAAGAACAGUGUUUUGUUUGGGUGUUUUUUUUUUCUCCAUUUUUUUCUCUUUUAAUUAUUUUCUUUGGGUAUUGGGUUCUUCAAGUUCAUCAUGUGGCAGCAGAAAAACUGUUUAGUCCUUGUCAAGUGCGGAUUGGGAUUCUUAAUUAGGGUUUGUACAAGUUGAUUGGUUUUCACUAGUUAAGAGGGAUAGUUACUACUUUCCAUUCCCUCUUCUGGAAAUAAUAAUUUUUACAGAAUACUGAUUUAUGUCCAUCUCUCCAUUAUUUUUUGUUGGGGAUAAUAUUUACUAAUUAAGCAUUUUCUUUCGAGUUCGAAUUCAAAGCAUGGUGCAUGAAACCAUACCGACGGUUCAACCACGAAAUACUAGUAUCGGAGGCUAAAACGGUUGGCGAUAUUAACGGUACUAACGGUUGAAUUACGGUUAAACCACAAGUUAACCAUAAAAUAUCCUACCGCUGACUUUCCUGGUACGGUCUCCGAUACGGUUUUAUGGACCAUGAUUCAAAGUGGGAUGGAUGUAUUUUGAUUUCAAUGAUUCGGUGUAGCCCUACCUAAUAAAAGUUUAGAAUCUUUAUUGUCAAGGAAAUAAAAGGUGAGAAGUGAUGGUACUUUGGAAGCCCUACCUAAUAAAUGUUUAGAAACUAUUUUUGGUAAGGAAAUCUUAUUGUAGUACUUUAGCCUCAACAUAAGAGUGGUUUGUAAGUUUUGAUUCUAGAAAAUGUGUAUAUUUGACAAGGUUAGUUCUAGGAAUUGUUUGAUUAUAGAAUUGAAGAAAUGAUGUACACUCAAGAACAAAAUAUAUGUGUCAACUCACCUAGAUAGUAAGAAAGGCUACGCAUAAUUAGCUUAUAAUUUUCCUUUGCACGAGAUUUUAAUAAAGACCUACUACUCAACCAAACUUCGAUCUAUACUUCUUGACACCACCCUAGUUAUUUUUAUCCCCUACUCAAUAACUACUUAGAGAAUGAACAUUUCUACUAUUUAUUAGGGUGAAGUCAGAUUAAUAAUCUAUACUAAAAACUUGAUAUCGAUAAAUAAACGGACUAUUGUGUUAGUUACUCCAAUUAUUAUUAACAAAUUCGUUAAGAGUCAAACCCACUAAUUUGAUUGCUAAUGAUCCUGGAAUUUUAGAGAUUAUUUUUGUAACAAUUGACCCAGAAAUAACGAAAACACGGAUGCAUUUUCACAUGGGAUCUUUUUGGUUGAUUAUUUUUGUGAUUCUGUGGUGCAAUUGAAACGUGCUUUAUAUAUAGUUCAUAUUUUGACCACAUUUUCUUCUUGGUUUCCUAUGGAAUUGGAUAGCUCCUUGAAUAAGAUCAAAGUGUGUGGCCAACCCCACCUACCUAAUAUCCUUCACGUAUUCAUUCAGAAUUGCAUGAAUGGUCACUUUACUCUGGGAAUACUAAUGAUAAAAUUUGAAACAACUAACUAUAAUAAUUUCGGCUGGAUUGU